AUGGAUCAAGUUAGGAAGACCUACUUCGACCCUCUCGCAAUAUCGAAGGCUCAGAUUCGAGGAAACCUCGAGAAACUUCCAGUCGGCUCUGCACACCCAUUCAAUCCAGAGAAACUUCUUCUUUGCCGCUCAAGCGAUGGCAUUGUCGAAAUAGACAUAUCUUCCUACCGGGAAGACUUCUUUUUCAAUGCCGUGGAUCUGGGUGAGAUGGGCGAGACCCUUUUGCAUCGAAUGUCUAAGUUUAAGUCCAACUUGGGGGUUUUCGAGGACUUCCAAAUCAUGCAAGCACCAGCUUCAACCUUCAAAAUCCCAAUAGUUUCAGGCCAAAUUAUGAUAUUUGCACUGUCUCGAUGCCUGCCCACCUACUACGACUUCUGCCUCGCCGAUGCAUCAUACAACACGUGCUGUUAUAGCGCAAUGGACACCUUUCGGGGGAUACGUCACAGUGGUGAUAUUAAAAGCGGAGAGGAUCUCCUACAGUACUCUACGAUACAAAGUGACAAUCUAGUGGAAAAAGAGUUAUGCGUAUUCAUAUCUGGAUUUCACUUGACCCCCAUCACAAAAUUUCUCGGAACUAACCCUGCUUUGUUGGUUGCCGAUCAUGUGGAAAAGGUUCUUUAUAUCAUUCCGGUGCCUCUGGAUGCAGCAACAGUUGGAGAUGCGACUAUAUGUUGUCCAAUAGUUAUAAAGCGCGAUGGAGAGUCUCUGAUCUGCUCUGUAUUGCCAACAGCAACUACAGACCGAGAGCUAUCGUGUCAAGCGAACCAAUUAGAAAGCCCCUGCUUUCAGGAAGCGAUCAACCGGGCAGACUUCAAAACUUUCUCUCGGGAUCCUCAGGCUGCUCGGGCUGCUUCUACUCUGUCGGCCUCGCAAAGUGCAACCAAAGACGCCAGAAACCGGAGCUCAGAAAGCCUGCCCACCAAGAAAAAUGCCGUGUUUAUCACGGAUUCCGUUUCACUUCCUUCGGUGCUUGAUUUGGAAUCAGCACAGAUCAUACGUUUCGGAACCGGAAUUGAAUUUGAGUUGUUGGGUGAAAAACUCCCUGCAAAAAAUCAGCCAUCUGCCCUAGUUUUGCCAUGCAUUUUUGGUCAGCUUGAAGGCCCACUUCUAUUAGCGACGGGAACAGUUCCCUCAAAUGUUCCCUUUACUGAUGAUAUUGCGCUUCGGGACUAUUAUAAGCAACUCCAGAAUAUUGUGGUGAUUGUCGAUGACAAAAUGACAGACAAUGCGCGCAAUAUCGCAACUGCCUACAGAAUAAACGCACUCUUCAUUGUGCAACUAAGCCCACAAUCUGAGCCUAAGAAUGCCGAUGAAGUCUUGUCAUUACUAAACUCGGCGAACGUAAACGCCGUAACAGCGCUUGCGGGACCACAAUCUUUGGUGCUGGUUCAAAUUUUUGACAAGUAUUACUUCUACAGAGGUCUUGCUAAUCGGGCACAUCUCAACACAUCUGAACUUGCAUUUGGCUCUGAUGUGACAUCUUUACUCACAUCUACUGAUAUAGAAGCCAUAUUGGAUCCAAGAAUUGAGCGAAUAGUUAUUCUUGGCGAUUCAACUUCGAUUAUCCUCCCCGCUUCAGGCCAGGUGAUCCAAGUUCAAGACCUUCAGAAGCUGUUUGAACAGCUUUCAUUCGAGCAGCUUCAAGAGCUAAAAGAGGACAUAUAUGCAGCAGUGUCACAACUACAGGUGCUUUUGAGCCGAAAAGACCUCCAGGAACUCUCCAAAGUCUUGGUGUCUGCGCUUCAAGCAAAGAUUAUGCACGCAAAGUCUCCAUUAACGGAGGCCUAUAUCAAGUUUUUGACCCAAGAGUACAAUGCGGAAGAUCCAGAAUUGCAGAAGAAGAAGAACAGUAUGCUCGGAGAAUUGAGAAAGAGAAUGAAGGAGACACAACGGGCUUUUGAGCCUCUGAUCUCAAGUUUUUCCAAUAUGGUGUCAUCUCAGACGACUUCAAAGCGAACACACGAUUUGCAGCGUCUUGUUCGCCAAUCAAAGAUUCAAAGUAAUGUCGAGAACGCGAAGUCUAUGACUUUUGAAACCCUGGCAGGGUACCUUGAAACAUAUGCGGAAGAUAUGGGUGUCCUGCUGUUGAGUAUAGAGACGUCGUCCUUUCAGCAGCUUUUGGGGGAUCUCCAAAAUAAGAUCAUCGAUGCUAGCUCAUACUGCGAUAUUGACUCAAGAAUUCUGAAUCUCAAUGGAUUCGACGCAGGAAUCAUCAUAGAGCAGUCGCAGAACAGACAUCAUGGACUUCAAAGAAGUGACGGAAGCUGGCGCCCAACUCUGGCAAUGGCGUCUUUGAACCGAGAACUCGAAACAAAUUCGUCGAUGAUAGCCUGGGUCUGCUGGGAUGAAUUUGUCAAUCUAAAAAGUCCUUACACCGUGAGAUGGAUGGACAAAUGUAAUGAACCACACAUUUCCGCGCUAAGAAUCAUCAUGAGAUUCACUCUCAGUCAGGCACUGGCAUCUAGAGAGUACAAUAUUCAGCCUGAAAGCCCCGAAACUGGCAGACUCUUGAGCGCAUUACUGAUGGCAGCCAUGUCAAAACUCGCUGAGAGGAGAACAACUGCACCACUUGAGUUAGAGGAGGCUGAAGAUACUGUCACAAGAUUGAUGCGAGGACUUUUCGGGAAUCUCUUGACAAUAGCAGGUUCAGGAGUGCGUCCUACCAGCAUGGUCUGGCAGUUGUUUGGUUUGCAUCCCCAAUACGAUGUUCCCACGACCGAUGCAGAGUGGGUUUGGUACAAAAAUGUCGUCGCUUUGUAUCCCUACACAGGAUGGCCUCUCAAUCAAUUCAACAAAAACCUAGAGAAAAUUUUUGAUAAGGUCAUCUUUCGUGUAGUAACCAAAAACGAAAACCUGGAUGAGGUCAAAGCCAUCAAAGAAGCUAAGACUAUCGAAUCUUACAAGCUUCGAGACAUUGAACUCUACCAUUCUCGCACAAUUCUCACUGUGCUUAUGCGAACAUUUUCGACAGAUGGCAUCAACAUUGCGGCUGUCGCAACUCGUUUGCUAGAGAGCAUUCCAUCAAAAGAAGAGAUUCCGCAUCGGAGUAGAUAUAAUUCCUACUCUAUGAUACUCCGCUAUCUCGAUCAUCUUGCCAGAGGAGGUCCGCGACGUGCCUACGAUGACUUAAUUGCCGCCCGUACCUACAUCUCACGCUCAGCUAUCUUUAGUACGCUCAAGACAUCAGUUGCAGAGGCAUGCAAGAGGAAUGCCUGGACUGCAGUGAAAAAAGGUUGCCAACAAAUCAUGGAAAAACAUGCUGGAAUCGCUUCGCUCUGGAAUGUGGAUCCCAAAUUGUUGAAGAUGCAGAAUAUGCAGAUUUAUAAGAAUCUUCUUGACGCAGACUUUGGUGAUGAUAUUGACGAAGAUACCAUGUCUAAAAAUGUCCAAUUAACAAGAAAAGUUUAUGGUGAUGCUGAGAUAGUGCGUGCUCCUUGGCAACUUAGGAAGAAAGGAGAACUCAACGAUACCAUCGAGCCUCUCGAUGAGAUCUUCCUUCAAACGAUUCUGACAGGGAAAGAGCCAGAACUCCCCGAGAACUUGAAUACAGAUGAGAAAGUAGAAACAGAAGCAACAUCCCCGGGAACUGUCAUGAUUCAAACAAAAACGAAGGAUGGAUUUGAGAUAUUCAAAUCGACGAUGAAUUCAGCAUUUAUCAAGAAGAUGCAGCAGAGCCUGUCCCCUGAGGAUGUAUGCUCUAUUUUGAAUAUCCCUGCCACUACAGUACGCGUUUUCAUCAAGGCUCUUAACCCAGAGUUUGUGUGGGGCAACUUGGGAGAAAAUUUCAAGGAGGUGAUUCUGGGAUUGCUGAAAAAUCGAUCGAACCGAGCAGAUCCUACGGCCAAGCUCUUGGAUUUGGGGCGUAAAAAGAUCGGAAGUAAGGCACAUUGA